CUGCACUCCUCGUGACCAUACUUGAACGUCGCUAUUCUCCUCUUCUACAAUUAUUUCAAAAUCUUCUCCUUCACCACCAGCAUAUGGUAGAGCAUCCCUGAGACAUUCAGUAUCGUUGCACCCCCACGCAGCUGCAAACCCUUUAUUUGUUUCGUCUCAAAAUUUGUUCUCACACAGGUUGUUAUUCUCAAUUGAGCUCCACGAAAUCUUAGCUACGCUUUUUUGAAUCGCGAAAUUACGAUUCCAUAGUACUUUUUUUUGCGAGCUGUCAUCGGGUUUUCUUUGUUCCACGCCUUUAGGAAACCACAAAAACACAUCAAGAUUCAUCCCUUACCUCGCACACGCCACAUUCCCCCAAGUUCCCAUUUUGACCAUUGCACACAUUCCGGCCCUUUUACUUACUCGAAACAUAAUCCCUAAGUCAUCGUCACGUGUUCAUACCUUCCGAACGUAGCUCACAUGUCGACUGCCACUAGCAUUGCCAGUAGAUCAUACUUCGAUCACCAAAACGCUGACACCUCUGUAUCAGAUCUCGGAGAUCAGACGGGCAAUAACCGGUCAUCUGUUGUUUCCAGGAGCAGCGCCACACCGAAAAAAAGUCACCGGGAGAUCCGUUUCGGAGCCUAUAUACUUGGUUCUACUCUUGGCGAGGGUGAGUUUGGGAAAGUUAAACUAGGAUGGCGCAAAGAUGGCAAACAUCCAAGCCAGGUGGCAAUCAAACUUAUAAAACGAGACACGAUCGUGAAGGAUCUGGAAUCUGAAAUUAAAAUCUAUCGUGAAAUCAACUCCUUGAGGUUACUUAACCACCCGAACAUUGUGAAUCUCGUUGAGGUCUUGAAGAGCGGGAAAUACAUCGGCAUUGUCCUAGAAUAUGCUUCUGGGGGUGAAUUAUUUGAUUUCAUUUUGAAACAAAAGUAUCUCAAGGAAAACGUGGCUAAAAAGCUUUUUGCCCAGCUAGUUAGUGGUGUUGACUAUAUGCAUUCAAAGGGUCUUAUCCACCGGGAUUUGAAACUAGAGAAUCUUUUAUUGGACAAACACAAGAACAUCGUCAUCUCAGAUUUCGGGUUUGUGAACUCGUAUAACAAAUCCAAAAAUGAUCUCAUGAAGACUUCUUGUGGCUCGCCUUGCUACGCCGCCCCCGAAUUGGUCUUGACUCAAUCCCCGUACGCUGGACGCAAGGUGGAUAUUUGGUCAAUCGGUGUAAUUCUUUACGCCAUGCUUGCAGGUUAUUUACCUUUUGAUGAUGAUGCCGAAAACGAAGACGGUGCUGACAUCGUCAAGUUGUACAAUUAUAUAUGCAACAACCCACUCACAUUUCCUGAGUAUAUUUCCCCAUUGGCGAGAGAUUUGCUUAGAAAAAUCAUUGUGCCAAAUCCGGCCAAAAGAAUUUCAAUGGACGAGAUUCGGAGUCAUCCAUGGCUAGCUCCUCAUGCAAACUUGUUGUCUAUCAGACAACUGGAGUGGGACAGAAUCAUAACCGAGGACAAGGAGAGACGUGCCGCUUCCCGUUUGGUGGACACAAAUAAGCAGAAGAGAUACUCGAUGUUCAACGAGACAACGAGCUCCUCGGCCUUAAUGCUUAAUAAUUCCGCAAAAACUCCACACGGUCGGUCCUACACGUCAAACUCAAACAUCAUUUACGCAAACCCGACGACACUGUCUUCGUUUGCGAAUGUUGUAGCGUUGCCAAAUGAUAUCAGACUGGAUUCAUCCACUUCUGUCUGGUCGAACUCUAAUGCACAAGCUCCGUAUGGUAAAAGUGGACGAAGCGACGAAGCUUCACCAACCAGAUCUGAUAAAGCCUCCUUUCCGCGUGGGCACACGAAGUCCACGUCCAUGUCUGGAUCUUAUCCUUCCGCGAGCUUUGCUCUCAAGGCGAUUGUUUCAGAGCAUGAUAAACCAACUGAAAAUGAAUCGAAUCAAUCAGUGAGCACGCCUCGUGUCGAUUUGAGUCGUGUGUCUACUUUCACCGGAAACAUUCCAACAAUUGCCGAAAGCCCUACUCUGACCGAGAUUGAGAGAACAGUCAACGGAGUGGCAAAGAAUUUUGUGCCGAUGGUGGAAAGAUUGCCACAUGGUCAAAGAAGACCUCGCCCAACGUCAUAUCACCCAGGUUCAAUGAGCAGUUCGCUCAGUUUGGUCAGUACCCACUCUGCUGCAGUCCUAGACUACAUAAAGAUGAGCCCUCCCAUGAAUUUAUCAGCGCCUCAGUUUCGAUCAGCGUCUCCCACAAAAAGCUUGCAUAAAGUGGAUUCAGCUGUGGAUUCCGAGACACAUAGCAGUCCAGGUUCGCUGUCUACCAUUCCAACUCGGAAUUCUACACGAAGAGACUCGGUUGUGACCCCUAUAAAUGUGAAUGGUGUGCUAUCAUCAGACAUCCAUUCGCAAGAAAACAAACGAAAUUUGGUCUUGAGCUAUCUCGAGGAUAAAAUGGAUACCUUGGAACUUACUGAGCUGCACAGUCCUGUCCGUGUAUCAGUCCAGGAUUGGGAAAUGUCCAAAGCAUCGGAGCUUCAAAAACCAGGGGCAGUAUCUUCGGUUCACGAGAAUCCAGAAAUUAAACUGUCAAGAGUUCCUGGCUCUACUGAAUCGCCGAUUGCGGAGCUACUUAAAUUGUGUGAAUCUAGUCCUAAACGAGAGAACUUGUCCGAAAAAGGCAUCGAAGACUCGGAAGCUCCCCAAAAAGAAAGUCGAAAAUCAGAGGUCAUACAACGCAGAGAUCGUGACAAAGAGAAUAGAGAAGUCAGGAGAAACAAAAAGAAAAACAGGUUUAGCAUCUUGUCUUUUUACAGCACUUCAAACGCAUCAUCCAACACCAUCUCUUCAUCCGCUAAAAAGGUCCUUGAACCUUCGAAUGAAGCCAAUUUGUCUCUUUCUUCGGGUCAAAAGGAUCAGAAAGUCGCGGAGUCAUCAACCUCCGUUAAUGCAUCGCUGACAAAACGAACUUCGACAAGUACUGCAAGCACUAACACGAGCACCUUUGUUAAUGGCAGAGAGGCGAGUGCAGCUCGUAAAGUGAUGAACUUUUUUAAGCGUAAAAGUGUGAGGAUUGGUUGAUCUGUAUGAUCAAUGUGCAGCGAGAUGCCUUCAUCUCAACAACAUGAUAAUUGUAACGAAAUGAAUAAUGUUUAAUGAAAUCAAUAUUAAAGAUUCAAACGAUACGUACAAGUUGAUGCCUUCAACUCUAUAUAGUGACUGUAAUUCCCGGCU